AUGUCCAAAAGCAUUCCUGUUGAUGGUGAUACCAUCGACGUUGAGAAAAUCUUCAAGAAGUUCGACGUUAAUGGCGACGGAAAGAUAUCCAGUACCGAACUCGGAUCCAUUCUCAGCGCACUCGGCACCGUCGCGCCGGAGGAAGAAAUCAAAGUCGUAAUGAAGGAAAUUGACAAAGACGGCGACGGUUUCAUUGACCUUAAUGAAUUCAUCGAGUUUCAGCGCGGAGGAUCUGGUGUUGUUGAUCGAGAAGCGGCGGAUAAGGAGCUUCGUGAAGCGUUUGAUUUGUAUGAUCAGAAUAAGAACGGAAAAAUCUCGGCGAAUGAAUUGCAUUCCGUUUUGAAAAGUUUAGGCGAGAAGUGUUCGUUGAAGGAUUGCCGGAAGAUGAUUGCGUCGGUUGAUGUUGACGGCGAUGGUAGCGUCAAUUUCGAAGAGUUCAAGAAGAUGAUGAGUAAAUAA